GGGGCCGAGUCGCCGGGCGAAGAGGGGGCGACGACGACGACGAGGUCUGGCCGGCUGGACUCGGAGGAACUGUGAAAAUAAGUAACCAGCAUUGGAGAGAUCCAUGCAUUAACUAUGUCCAGGAGGAAGUCAGAAAACAAAAGCCUUCCAGGCUUGUUGCCUACAUCUCUUCAGACACAAAUAAAGACAGAUAACUUCCACAGUUUCUAUGAAGUUGAACCCAAAGAAUUGGGAAGAGGAAAAUUUGCAGUGGUGAGAAAGUGCAUUGCAAAAUUAACAGGUCAGGAAUAUGCAGCUAAGUUUCUGAAGAAGAGGAGAAGAGGUCAAGAUUGCAAAGCAGAGAUUCUACAUGAAAUUGCUGUACUAGAAUUAACAAAACUAAGUCCCCGCGUAGUAAAUCUCCAUGAAGUUUAUGAAACAACGAAUGAAAUCAUCUUAGUAUUGGAAUAUGCUGCUGGAGGAGAGAUCUUUGAUUUAUGUCUCCCUGAAGUAGAAGAAACUGUAGAUGAAACUGAUAUUAUUAGGCUUAUACGACAAAUACUUGAAGGCGUUUGUCAUCUGCAUGAGAACAACAUUGUACAUCUUGAUUUAAAGCCCCAGAAUAUUUUGUUGAGUACUAUAUGUCCCCUUGGUGAUAUAAAAAUUGUUGAUUUUGGUUUGUCUCGGAAGAUUGGCAACUGCAUUGAACUACGGGAAAUUAUUGGAACCCCUGAAUAUCAAGCACCAGAAGUCUUAAAUUAUGAUCCUAUUACUACAGCAACAGAUAUAUGGAGUGUAGGUGUAAUCUCGUAUAUGCUGCUUACACAUGAAUCUCCGUUUCUGGGAGCAGAUAGACAAGAAACAUACCUCAAUAUUUCUCAAGUAAAUGUGGAUUAUUCAGAAGAAACUUUUGCUUCAGUUUCACCUUUGGCCAGAGACUUCAUUCAAAAGCUGCUUAUUAAAAAUCCUGAAGAGCGACCAACAGCAGAGGCCUGUCUAACUCACUCUUGGCUUCAGCAAGGAGAUUUCUUGUUGUUCUAUAGCCCCGAAGAAAGCCCCAGUUCUUCUCCAAUACAUGAUCAUAUGAAUAAGUGCACAGAAGAGAGAAAUAAUAAUAGGCCCAUGUGCAACGAGCGAGAAGAUAAAGAAAAUAUUCCAGAAGACAGCAGUACAGUCUCCAAGCGAUUUCGCUUUGAUGAUUCUUUGCAAUACCCCCAAGAAUUUGCGACGGACUUUGUAUGUUAACAAAUGCACUCCUUCAGAUUAUUUUGAACUGAAUUUAGGAUGCUAAUCUACUCCUGUGGUACAUGCUUUGAGAUUACGGCUUGUCCACUACUGCAUUGUGGUUGUCCUGGAAAUGCACUUUCAGUUGAUCUUGUUUUGGCCCUUCUUUGUGCUGCCGUUGCUGGCAAUGGGUUUGACUCCUAGGAAAUUGGGAGUCUUGGCACCUGAAGUGGCUUGCCUUUGGAGAGGCAAACAGGUAACUGGUAUUUGCACUUUUGACAUUUAAGUUGAAAAUGUGGCUUUUUGUGUGUUUAUUAAUAAAGUAGGCAAACUGGGAAGAGGAAAGUUUUGAAUGUUACCAAGCAAAGCCUUGAUAGACACACGAUAACCAUGUUCUAAGCCAAAGAGUGAUCUAAUGAUACAUAUGCAUUUGUAUUGUAACUAAAACUUACAUGAACUUGGCAAAGCAGAGAAAUGAGCCCUUUUGUUCGUCUAGGAGUACAGUCUCAUGCUGUCAUCUUCUGUUGAACGAUUCAGAUCAGUGACUUAUUAGUAUAUAGCUGUACUACAAUGAAGCCUUUCGAGCCGGUGUUUCCACUUGGAAUGUUUGCUGGGGCUCAAGUGCUUGGAUUGGCUUGCUGACUGGCAGCCUAGUCUUUUGCAUGUUUACUCAGAAGUGAGCCUCAGUGGGACUUUUUAUAACCUAAGGGUGGAUAGGAUUGCAGUCUUAGAUCAUUUUCAUGCAUGGCACUUCAAUCAGUGUUUGCAUUUUCCAGGUCUGUAAUGCAAAUGUAAUAUCUGCAUUGGCUAGAAUGCGCAUUUAAUUUUAAAACCUUCCACUUUCUGUGCGCACAAAUAACAUGGAAGAGUCUCAAAGAUGCUUCUAGAGUAAUGUGUGAAAAUGUCUUUAGCUACUUUCUUACAAAGUGUUGUGGUAUCAGUCUCUUUUACCAAACUGACAGGAGAAUCUGUGUAAUGCUAUGUACUACUUAAGGACAGGUUAAAUCCUGUAGGGCAUAAGUUUGAAGGCUCUUAUUCAUAUCAACAAUUCUAGUUUGAUUGAAUGAGAUCUUCCAAGAAAGUGUAGAGUGUCAAAUGUAGUGUGUGUGUGUGUGUGUGUGUGUGUGUGUGUGUAUUUUCUCCCAAUGAAGUUGACUUCAUCAAAUUAUUUCCCCAAAUUACAAAUAUUUUUGUCCUCCUAUGUAUCAAUUGAAUCUGUUGAUCUUAUCCAACAAAUAUCCGGUAGUACUAAUAGGAGUGUAACAGCAUAAUCCUGUACCUGUUUACUCUGAAAUAAGUCCCACUAUCAUCUGUGGGGCUUACGCUGAGGUAAAUUUGUAUCGGAUUGCAGCCUAAAGCCAUGUAUUGUAUGUGCAGCUAAUAUUCAUCAGCACAGGUGAAGUGAAGAAAACUACAGAAGAGAGAAUCAGUGCUUUGCAGCAUUAAAACAGCUAAUUAUUUCCAAACUUAGUAAGUGCCCAGUCCUGAGGUGUACCACACCAGUGCUUACCAUAGGGUUUGCCAUCUUUUUGCCAACAAAAUCUCAGAAGCAGUGAUGUGAGUCUGGCACGGCAGGCAAAAGUGCUGAGGUAUACAUUUAGGAUCAAGAUGGUGCAGAUUCAAGCCCACAUUCAGAAAUUAAGUGCAGAAUUUCAGUACUGAAAGCAAUAAUUGCUUGAAUUUUUUGGGAAGGGAGUGAGUAAAAAAUCACUGCAUCCUAAUUUGAUCAUUAACAGUGUUAAUUUCAGACAAUUUAAAAAACAGGAUCAUAUUGCAUAAAUACAUUUUUAAUAUGGAAGAAAGAAUAAAAGUGAAACAGCAUGCCACAAUAAUGGUUAUACCAGCACUUUAUAAAACAGAAUAUGCUAGAAUAAAUAUGUUUCGAUUGUGGUAUUUUUCUAUUUAAAAAAAAAGUUUACAUUUCUUACUCCUUUCUUCUUUUUACAGCUUAUUCAAAUUUUUAAGAAGUCUUAGUCAAUAGAGUUUUUCAGAUUUUAUGAAAGUUUGUAUAUGUAUGUAAAUUCAGGGUAUCACUUGAAUCUGACAAUUCUUAAUUUUGUUUGAAUAUCUCUAAUUUUGUAAGUUUUCUUAUUUGUUUAUGCAUAUGUUUGUAUAUAAUUUAAUUGGAAUUAUAAUUGUUCUUUGACUU